AUGACGACGAAAGUACUGUGUUGUGCAUCACAAUCGAAGAACAUGGCCACCAAAAGAAGUGAAGGUAUGGGGAGGAAGGUUCGAGGAAGAAUAUGGAUAUUGCCACCUGAAACCAUGGUGACCCUUUUAAAGCAAAACUUCAUGAGAAACCAACAUCUCCGAAGGUGGAGUUUCCAAACUCUAUUCCCAAUAUCUGCCGCAGUUUCUGAUCGGAGUUUGCUUUUAAGGAACAAUGACAACGAGAUUGAGGAAGAAUCGUAA